GUAGAGUUGAUAUGUGAAGUUAAACCUUCCCGCCGGCGGCCAAUCUUCCAUUGAUUCGUCCACACCGCUUAUUUUAAGAUUAUUAACAAUUAUCAUGGAGACUGAUAGUGGGAGGGGGGAGUCGGAAAACCAGGAUUUAAUCUUGGACCAAAAUAGAGACAGUGAACUUAACAACCCGGAUACUGAACCAACCAAGAUGGGUGAGAACGAUGAUAAUUUUAAAACUCCUGAUCUCGAGGCGAAAGGAGUAGAGUUUUCCGAUCCUAAAAUUAGUAUUAAGGAGAAAAUGAUGAAGGAUUUUGCUCUGGUUUCGGAGGACUCGUCAGAGAUAUCAGAAUCAGAAGAUGAUUCUGUGAAAGAGUCUCCUACUAAAGAAUCUGAGAAGGAAAAAAGUGCGGACGAUUCGGAGAUGGUAAGAAGCCAGGAUGAGUCAGAAUUAGAAAAAAAUCACGAUGAACCAGAGAUGGAAGCUAUUAUUUCUAAUCAAUCCGAGUCGAACCCAAAUUCUGAGUCUCCAGAACGUCUAAACUCACAAGAGUCGGAAGAAGACAUCUCAUCUUCAUUUUCCGAUGAUAAAUUGGCUUCUAGUGACUUGGCGGAGACUCAAGGCAGUCAUAAAAAAUCUCCGGAAAAACCCUCGAGUCCAGAAAAUUCUGGCCUUGAAGAAACACAUAGUUCAGAAAAUCUCCCUGCCCCUGUUCUUCAAGAGAAAGAUGUUUCUAGUAAGAACCCGUCGGAGAAUGUUUCCGUUUUAAAUACCUCAGCAGAUUUGGAAUUAGAAAAGAAUGAAGAACCUGCUCUGAAAGGAAAUCAAGUAAAAUUUAAUGAACCUACCUCGGAAACCGAUGAAUUAAUGGAAAUAGAUGAACCUAUAACAAAAGAGCGUGAAAGUUAUGCUAAAGAAAAAAAUCUUGGAAAAGUCGAGAAAAAAUCCUCCAAAUCAACGAAACGAGAGAAACCGGAGCCAAUCAAACCUAAGAAAUCUUCGAAAAAGAAGGAAGAGUUCAUCUUAUCCCCUAAUUUGUUUAUGAAGAAGCGAGAUAAAAAGGAGAAAGAAAAAGAUCCUGAAGCUGAGGAAGAACACGAAGAAGAUGUAAGUCUUGAAGAGGAAAGAAAGGAUGUGAAAAAGGUUGAAAAACUCCGAAUCUCUGGUUUAAACUCACCUGGACCUGUCAAACUACGAAUAAAGAUUGGGAAGGAUAGAACCGGUGAGGUUAUUGAACCCGAUCUUCCCAUAGAGGAUGAACAGGGUUUCCAUGGUUUUCCAGAUUCAGAAAUCCCUGAUUUUGUAUACAACAAUUACGAAGAUGUUGAUUUAAAAUCUGCAUUCCGAUUCAAACCAACUAUAUUUGUCUCCAUCAGCAGUAAAAAACAAGGACCUGCCGCUAAGAAACCAUUGCCAGGACUACAAGCAAUUCAGCCGGGGAGUGUAUCCACCCCAAAAACUUCUAAAGUUCGGUUUGAGGAUGAAAUCAGUUCCUCUAAUGUUUCCACCCCUAUCUCAAGUGUAAAUACCUCCUUGAGUACUCCUCAGACCUCUGCCAAGAAGAAGUCCGGAGUUGCUAAAUAUUUUGAUCCUCUGUUUGAUGGUUGGGUAAGAGAGGUAGUUUACAGAACUAACCAUCUUGAAACAAAUAGUAAAAGUCGGGCCGACGUCUUCUACCACUCUCCGACAAUUCCUGGACAGCAAAAGUUCAAGUUUAGGUCAGCUAACGAGCUUGAGGGUCAUCUUAUUACCACAGGAUCAAUGUAUCCUUUAACAUUUUUCACUUUUAAAAAGGAACCUUUGGGAGCACCUGAAGGGUUGGAGAUUGUCCGUUAUGCCAACUCUAAGAAUGAAACCGUAUCCUCCCCCUCGCAUCACGACUCCAUUCAGUCUCUGGGUAAGAGAGUGAGCAAACCUCCGGAUAAACUCAUGGAAACUCCGGAACCUUCCGAUACAACCAGAACCAGUAAACGAGUGAGUAAACCUCCGGAAAAACUUGAUCCUGAACCUAUUUCAAAACCUAAGAAGUCCGAAACUGAAUCUCCCUCCGGCUCCAAACCGACCAAGAAACUGGAGUCCUUGUUAAAACCGAGUAAAGUUGACAACUCUGGGUUGUGGAAGGAUCCUGAAAACAUUGUCCAGAGUCCUAAGAAGACCGUAUCUGCCGGGAAGGUUGGAGGACUUCUCAAGGUUAAAAUGUUUAGUAUGCUUAACGCGAAGAACGAAGUGAAUACAGAUGAUAAUAUAGCGUGUGCUGAAGAUGAUGAUAUUGGGACGGAUCCACUCUCUAUCGUUGAAGAAACACCUACUCCUAGUACGAUAACACUCACAAAGUUACCUAAAGUAAUGCCGACUGCACCAGUUCGAAAUCAGCCCCGACCUUACUCUCACGUCCCCAUAAUGCCUGCCCCAACCCCAACCCUCUCCAUCACCCCCAUCAGUAUGAGCAACCUCUACCCGAACCUUCAAGCAGUCCCUUCCGAUCCUAGUUUUAAUGUUACUCCUACCCGUCCUACAGUUCCUAAAGUCUUCCGUCCCACCAAGAAAACGAUGCUGCCUUGUUCAAUUCACUGUCCUGGAGUUUCUGAAUUUCCUUCCCUCUCCUGUACAUCCUGUCACUGCCUGUUCCAUCCUAAAUGUGUUGGUCUACCCCCGACCUUCUGCAACAAUCAGGCACAAUUUGAUUUCUUUUGUAAUGAUUGUCAACCUGAAGCUCCGAAUAUAUCAUCCCCUCCUGUUUCCCACCCAACCCCUACUUCAACACCAGUUCGGAGCCUUCAGGCCAGACCUGUUAAUCAACUUAAACCUACGUCUCCGCCUUUCAAAACUCGACCCUCCCAAUCUGAAAACAUUACUAUAAAGAAAAAAGCUAAAAUAUCUCAUCCUCGUCCUAUUGAGUGUCAGACAAUGGUGAAUAUCGGAGGGAAAAAAUUCCUUGUUAUUCCUCGAACUAAUCUUGAAUUGGAUUCUCCUCCUCCCUCCCCUCCUCAUCAACCCUCAGAUAAAACAGAAAGUUCUCGCAAGUCUGAUAAACUCCCCGUUCUUCUUGAACCUGUGGAUCAUGAAGGAGGAAAUGCGCCAAGAUUUGAACUGGAACAGAGCACUGACGGUCGGUUGAUUCUAAAACCUGUCGGAAUUGUGGAUACUCAGAAAAUAUUCGGAGUGAAAAGUCUGAAAAGAUCCGGAGAUUCUAUAGGAUCAGGUUCAGCUAAACGAUUUAAACCUCUGGACUUUCAUAAUACUCUCUCUAACGGAUACUUUGCUCUACUCCAUGUUUUUAAAUAUCUCAAGGUUGAAGAGAGACUAACUGCUGCUAGGGUUUGUAAACUUUGGAAUGAGUUGGUGUUCCAUAAAUCCUUGUGGUCCACUAUCUCCCUCAAGAAUAUCAAGGUGUUUAACUGGGCUCAGCUCGGGAACUUCAUCACUAAGAUCAGCUGCAGAUCCUUGGACAUGCGGAAGAUGGUGUUCGUCAAGGAUCGUGACUCAACCUGGGCGGAGAUAGUUACAGUUUCAACAAAAUUCUAUACACUCCGUCAUCUUCAGCUGCCAAGGAUUCCCGGCUCCGUUCUUGUUGAGCUCAUCUCAAACUGUCCUCAACUUGAGGAACUCAAUUCUCCUCUUACAGUUUCCCCCGUAGAACUUCAGGUUAUGGAGAAGGUUCCCAAUUUGAAAGAACUCCGUGUCAAGACGGGAACAGGGAGUUUAAAACUUGAGAAUGGUUUGAGCGCUCUGGGUAAUCUCUCACAGAACCUUACACACCUCUCUUUACUCACGCUAAGUGGACUAGUCGACUGUGAUUACGAUACGAUCGGAACCUUGACGAACCUGGAACAGAUUGAACUAGGAGAUUGUUCUGAAGCACCUGUUACAAUAUUCAAAACUCUUUCGGAUCUUCUGAAACUCCAGCGAAUUCGUCUAGAGAAAGGUUCCGUCGGCGAUAAUAUUUCCAAACUUCAGAAAGGUGAUAAUCUCCGACAGUUGGAGCUUAUUGAUUUUCAUAUCUGUCCUGGGUUCAAGACAGGACUUAAGGGUUUGGACAAUAUCCGUAAGUUUCUCAUUAUCCCGACCUACAAAGAUGAAGUCGCGCGGAGUAACACGGAGAUAAUUGAUGGAGUUACAAAGGAGUUGAAACAUUUGGAGGCGUUCUAUCUUGGUGUUACCAACGAGUGGUUGGAAGCAAUGGUUAUGGCGAUGGGAGAAAAUCAGAUGAAGAAAGCUCCUGGAGAACGUGAAUGUUUCCCUAUUGAGAAGGGGAGUAAGAUUGAAUACAUCUCCCUGCCCGGCCUCUACAGGAGGAUAUGCAGAGAGAUGCCUAACUCCAAGGUUAAGGUGUUGAAGAUGUCCGCUGGAGCAACCUGUAAACAGUUCAUCAGAAGUUUGGAUAAAUAGUCCAGCACGAAUUUGUACAAAUAUUUAAGUAUUCGGAUUCAAUCUUAGAGCAUUGCUAGUUCCGUCAUCAAGAUAUGACCAUUGACCAAAUAAUUUUCAAAUAAAUAAAUAACCCUUAAACAAUUAAAUUGUAAUAUUUUGGAUAAGAUGUGAUUUUUGUCAUAUUUGUCUCUUUUUUACUUCGUUUUUCAAUCUUCUGGUUUCAGA